AGUUAAAGGAGGUUAAUUGGUUCAGCCUAAAAACGAAUUGUAAAAUUAUAUAAAAAGACAAGAAAUUUCUCAGAUCUAAGUUUAAUUUAACCAAGAAUGCAGGCCGUAAUUCUAGCCUUGUUGGCAAUCUGCACCAUUUGCUAUUGUUUUGAUCCCAGGUGCCUGGACAAAUAUUUGGGUACAGCUUUUGAUGAAUGCACGUUUGAGCAUGGCGGCAAUAAGGCCUACACAACAAAUUGGGCUGGAUUUCGAAAAUCUGUGGAUACCAACGAAAAGUGUUUCCGGGCAUGUGUUCUAAGAAAAUGUGACUUUUUGGAUGAGGAGGCAAAAAUUAAAGAGGAUGUUCCCCUGGGCCUAGCCAUAAUGUUAAGCGGUGGCAAUCGAAGCAAAGUGCCAUCCAUAGAACAGGCGGCCCGAGCCUGUAGAAAUCUAAUGCAAUAUGGAGAUAAUAUAUGUGAAAACACCGAAAAUUGGUCUAGGUGCAUAACUGAACAGUGUAAACGUUGUGGUUUGGAGUUGAAGCUUUAAUAAAGGAUCUAAUGGAAAUCGAA